GCGAGGCUCCCUGGCGCAUGCGCAGUGAGGCUCCACGUGAGCGCCUGCGUAUCUUCUCAAACCUAACGAUGCCGCCCGAACGGAGAAGCCGAACGAAACCGGACCGGAGAGCUGGCGCGAGGCGGGGCCCGCAGGCCCAGAUGAAGCCGGACCGGAGAUCCAGAGCGGGGUCGGACGGGCCGCCCCCAAAGGCUGCCCCUUCAUCCCAGCGGACAGUGCCGGCCCGGCCGAGCGCGGCGACCGCUGCGAGCCCAGUCGCGGCGGCGACGGCGGAGGAGCGACGUCUCCGGCUGCAGAACCGCUUGACGCUGGAGGAGGACAAACCGGCCGUGGAGCGGUGCCUGGAGGAGCUGGUGUUCGGCGACUUCGAGGGCGACGAGGACGCGCUGCUGCGGCGGCUGCGGGGCGCGCGGGUUCAGGUGCAUGCCGACUCGGAUGACUCAGAAGUGGAAAAUGAAGCAAAAGAUAAUUUUCCGCCUCAGAAGAAGCCAGUUUGGGUGGAUGAAGAAGAUGAAGAUGAGGAAAUGGUCGACAUGAAGAACAACCGGUUUCGGAAAGACAUGAUGAAAAAUACCAGUGAAAGUAAACUCUCAAAAGGGAGGCUGCAGAAGAGACUUAAAGAAGAAUUCCAGCAUGCCAUGGGGGGAGUACCUGCCUGGGCAGAGACAAGGAAGCGGAAAACAUCUUCAGAUGAUGAAAGUGAAGAGGAUGAAGAUGAUUUGUUACAAAGGACUGGGAAUUUCUUAUCCACGUCAGCUUCCCUUCCAAGAGGAAUCUUAAAGAUGAAGAACUGCCAGAAUGCUAAUGCUGAGAGGCCUACCACUGCCCAGAUCUCGUCGGUCCAGUUCCAUCCCUGCGCCCAGGUUGUGAUGGUUGCUGGCUUAGAUAAUGCCUUUUCACUGUUUCAGGUUGAUGGCAAAACAAAUCCUAAAAUCCAGAGCAUCUAUUUGGAAAAGUUUCCAAUCUUUAAAGCUUGUUUUAGUGCUAAUGGAGAACAGGUUUUAGCCACAAGCAUUCACAGCAAGGUUCUUUAUGUCUAUGAUAUGCUAGCUGGGAAGUUAAUUCCUGUGCAUCAAGUGAGAGGUUUGAAAGAAAGAAUAGUGAGGAGCUUUGAAGUCUCCCCAGAUGGAUCCUUCUUGCUCAUCAACGGCAUAGCUGGCUAUUCUCAUUUGCUGGCAAUGAAGACCAAGGAGCUGAUUGGUAGUAUGAAGAUUAAUGGAACGGUUUCAGCAUCCGCAUUCACUUCGGAUAGUAAGAAAAUAUACACCUAUUCUGGGGAUGGGGAAGUGUAUGUCUGGGAUGUGAACUCUAGGAAGUGCCUUACCCGAUUUGCUGAUGAAGGCAGUUUGCGUGGAUUAAGCAUUGCCACUUCGAGGAACGGACAGUACGUGGCCUGUGGUUCUGGUUGUGGAGUGGUAAACAUAUACAAUCAAGAUUCUUGUCUCCAAGAAACAAACCCAAAGCCAAUAAAAGCUAUAAUGAACUUGGUAACUGGUGUUACAUCUCUGACCUUCAAUUCUGCUACAGAAAUUUUGGCAGUUGCUUCAGACAAAAUGAAAGAUGCUGUCAGAUUGGUUCAUCUUCCAUCCUGUACAGUAUUUUCUAACUUCCCAGUUAUGAAAAAGAAGAGUAUUUCUCAUGUCCAUUCCAUGGAUUUUUCUCCCAGAGGUGGCUACUUUGCUUUGGGUAAUGAGAAAGGCAAGGCCCUGAUGUAUAGGUUGCACCAUUACUCAGACUUCUGAAGAGAUUAUUUGAAAUCCAGUUGGACGACAGAGGAAGCCUGUCCUGGUAUUUCUUCUCAGAAGCUUUCUGGAAUGUGAUGAUGUGUGGAUAAUGAUUUGUGGAGCCAGCUGUGCUUAAGUUAACAGCAUUGUCAAUAAACACAUCGGCUUUGGUUUGAAAA